GUUUUUAUUUGGAUUUUAUGUGCAUACACUGCAUAUAGAUAGUGACAUAGUCCUACUGCUCGCUGUUGCCGCUACUUUGUCUGAACUCUGAACAAUAAAAUACACAAAAGUGUCUAGAAAGGAAUUCUCAGUUGUCGAAAUAUUCCAAAGCAAUAUUUCAUCUUUUUCUCUGCAUGCGUCGGACGCCGUCGGUACUUCUUUUUGAUACCGUAGUCUGCAACAUCUUCGUAUUUGAUGAAUAAGCAUCCUGUUGCCUCAGGCGAGUGCUGCCGUACAACGUAGCCAAGCUUUAUAGACUGGGAAUCAGUACACUACUUAGUACUGUAACUACAUACUUACUACUCGUUAAUAUUCGGAACAACUUUAAUAUCGCGACAGCGCUGUUGUGGAUAUUAUUGGUUUCUUUUACCUUUGAUGUUUGGGAGCAUUCUGACGAAUCCUGCUUUAGACACAGCGCCAGCGGUCUGCUUGCUUUCGGAGUAAUUUUAAAGAAUUGUUUGACUUGGCACGAGGCUGACUUAAUCCAUCUUUUCACGCGCGAAAUGGACUAUCCAAAGCUGCCAGAAAACACUGUAGAAUAUAACGUUUUCUUUAUUGAAAAGACGGGUGUUUUAAAGAAGGAUUUCAGCGAUGUUUGGCCACAACUUGAACGCUUUUGUGAUGAUGUUUACUCGUUGUUGGCCAAGCCGCUUCUCGAUUACAUAUGGCAUAACGAGCCUUUUCGCCUAUCUCCCUUCAAGCGGCCAUUUCCGCAUGUUGGCGGCCGUACGCAUUUUGGAGACAACACUGAAGAUGAAUGGUUUAUUGUCUACAUUUUGUUGGAGCUAUCAAAACAAUAUACCAACACCGCGAUCUCUGUGUAUGAUGAUGCUGGCAACUUCCUGCUCAUCGAAGCGGUAGAACAUUUGCCGGCUUGGUUGGGACCCGAGAAUAGCCGCAACCGGGUAUGGAUACAUAGAGGUCGAAUUCAUAUCAUUUCGGAAACACUCGCUAAACAGGGCACAGGAAAUGCUGGAGAUGAAGAGUUUUCCGUAGAAGCAGCGCUGGCAUGCUUGGCUAAAGAGCCGGCGCAGACAGUAGCACCAAAGGCCGUAGAAAACGCCAUAAAUAAAAGAAUUAAUGGCUAUCCAAAAAAGAUUUCGGAUGCGCAGCAUCGGAUGCACUGCUGUGUGCCGGCAUCCGUGGCGGUUUUAAUGAAAGUGAAACCCAGUGUGUUAUCAGCGGCGAUCGAAGCGUUUUAUUUACGAGAUCCUAUCGAUCUGCGGGCUUGCAAAGCAAUGAAGCAUUUCCCGCCGGAAACGCGUGUGCUGACUGAUGUCGCCACCUCGAAAUUGCAGUAUGUGCAGCUCUUACAGCAGAAGUACUGUCCAGACAAGAGGACCGGAUGGGAUUUGCCUGGCACUGAUGAUCCACACUAUCGAGCUCUCGAUCUUGGUGUGAAAAUUGCUAGCGGCUUUGAAAUCCUGUGCGCAUAUGGUGAAAAAAUCAAAGGAAAAACGCGAUUAUUAACUCACGAGGAGCUGGACGCUGACAAAGAGUGGAAAGAUUUUCAUGAAACACUGUUGAAAAAAGGUUAUCUUCGGGACAUAAAAGAUUCAGGGGAACAGACAAAUAAACUAAAUCGGGCCAGGGAUUUUUUUAUUGAGUCCCGACGUGUGGACGAUACAUGUUCCUCCAGAGAACGACAUGGAGCAUACGUGCUCCAUUUGCUCCGUACCGCUGAUGUGGAUAUCGAUGCGCUGAAGAAGCAGAGCUACCAACUAGCACCACCUGAUGAUGAUUCGUGGGUGAAUUUAGCGCCCGAUGAUGUGGAAACUACAUUGAAGGCAAGGUCGGGACCACAGGGAAAUGGUUCGGCUAAGCGCCGUGAAGCGGCUUUUGACCCGACAUUAAUCACCGAGAGCAUGAAGCGUUUUAUGGAUAUCGCGUCCGGAUUAGAAAGCGCAGAAUUUCCAGAUGAGAAAGAUGAUCAUAAUUCUAUGGACACCCGGGCAAUGGAUAAUGCGAUUGGUAAAAUUUUGGAAUUACACAUUUCCGAGACGGAUGAUGAAGGACGGAACUCGUCCGCUAUGACAGAUUACAGCGACGAAGAGGAGCAUGUUUUUGAUAUGCCGAGAGGCAGUAAAACCGAACUGGAAAGUAUCCAGUCAUAUCUUCAGGAAAAGAUGGAUCGUGAAUUGGCCAAAACGUCCGAUAAGAAGACCCUUGCCCGGGAGAACGGCAUCGGGCUGGGAAAAUCCUCGACUGACGCACCGAAAGCUCCCCGCCGACCUCCGCCUCCGGUUCCCGAUCGUAAGAAUUCAGCUAUGGCUGGGGAUUCUAACGAAUCCAUUGACGAGGAAGACGACGAUUACCAUCCUGUUAAUGUGAACGUUAACCUGCUGAAAAACAUUCUCGAAAGCUGUAACUCACAGCAAGGUUUGGCUGGGCCGGCAUCGGUCAUGCUUAAACGAAUGGGCGUUAAUCUGCCCGCUAAUACGAACCAGCCAUAGGGAAGUUCAUACCUGAUUUUGGUUGUAUGGAUGAUGGAUUGCGGAUUCACUGCCCUUUUCUGUCAUUUUGUCUGCAUUUGUUGUUGUGUUUUCUCUUGUGAAAUUAGAUUUGAUUUGAGUGUUAUAACAAGAGUUCCAGUUUUUCCCUGCAUUUAGGGUUUGCAGUCGUGCCGUUUAGCAUGAUUUUCUCAUAUGCCGAAGGAUUUCACGUAGAUAGUAGAUAGGUUUCUGCAUAAUUUGUUUGUGAGAAAUUUGAAGUCUUGAAUCUGGUCUAGCUUCCUGUUUUCCUGUGUGUAUAAUGUGAUUUGCUUACACUGCAGUCAGUUGUUAGAAAUUUAUGUGUGCAAAUGAUUAACCGAAAAUCUCAUUUUGUGAU